AUGGCUGACCCAGACGCCGAAAUCGCCCACCUCCGCACCAAUCCCUGGGCCAACAACCUCAUCUCCUCACCGGACUACACCGCCAUCCCAACAGACUCACGGCGCUUCAAGCCGAGCACUGGCGAAGACGGCUUCUUCGCCGGAACGCUUGCGACAGCACAGACAAUCCCGCAUCUGGUCACACUGCAACGAACGCAACUCGCCUCCGCACCAAACGAGGUCCCAGCAUGGUUGCCGGCGACGAAAGAUGAUGCGGCGAGCGCCGCAAAGUCCACGCCGGGCGUCAACCCGGCGGAUAUCAUUAUGAUUUUUGAUCUUGGGUCGCCGGGUCUAUCGGGCCAUCCGGCUACCGUGCAUGGAGGGAUUGUUGCGACGCUAAUUGAUGAGGCGAUGUCCUUGGCUGUUGCGGCUCAUACUUCUAGACCUCUACCUGCAGCUACAUCGGCGCCGACGGCCGCCGAGGGUGAGAGUGAUGUGGAGAAGAACCCGCGCGGCAAGACCUUUACGGUGCAGUUGGAUGUGCGGUAUCGGAAGCGGGUGGUUACGCCGGCGCUGCUGGUUGUGCGGAGUAGGGUUGUUGGGCGCGCGGGGAGGAAAUUCUGGGUUCGGGCUCAGGCGGUGCAGGAGGAUGAGGAGGGUGCGGGCGGUCAUUUGGAGUGGGCGAGGAGGAAGGUGGUCAAGGCGGAUGCGAUGGCUUUUUGGAUUGUUACCUCGGAUACCAAGCUUUGA